CUGUCUGCUUGAUUCUGCUAUAACUUUGGCUUGCUGGCUAUCUGUUAGCUGUUAUUCCAAUCAGUCUGAAUCGAAUUGUUGUGAACGAUGGAAGAAGCCAAAUAAUACGUUUGAGAUAUUCCAAAAUAAAAGAAAGCAAAGCAAAAAGAAGCGAAGAAGAAGAAGAAAGAAAUAAGUCCCGUCUAGAAGAGAGUGUGACACUGCAGUAAAAAUCAUUAGAUUGAGAUUCGAAUCAAAUCGGUGUCCGAAACAGAGUUUAAAUGCGGAUGUGAGUGUGAGUGUUCGUUUUGGCACGAGUGUUAGCUGGAGGUGUUUUUUACGGUGUGCGAAAGAAAAGUGCAAAAUCCCCCCACACAAAAAAAGGAAGUUGGCGAAAUUUUUCCUCGGAAAUUUUUCCUUGAGAAAUUCGGCUAAACAGCAACGGGAAGAAGUUUCAGAGAAAAAACAUAUCAAAAACGGAAAUUUUUUAUAAUAACAAUAAACUUGAAAAGAAUAUCAAAACUACAUUGAAUUGAAUAAUGAAAAUCAUAAAAUAAAACAAAAUAAUCCAAAAGUGCCAUAAAAAACCAAGUCUGUUUUAUAGGAAUUUUUCUAAAAUCAAUCAGAGGAGAAAACAAUCAAAAAAUUUUGUUCCCCAUUAAAUUCAUAAAAAUAAAACGCCAAAUUUAACUCUUCAAAACCGUAUCCCAAAGUCCUUUAUUGGUGUCCUUUGUGUCUAUGAAAUUUGUCUCACACCUUUUGCGAUUUGUGGCGGCGGCGGCGUGUGUCUGUCAAGUGCGACCAAAAUCAGUGGCAAAACAUAAAAAUAUCCUGUCAUCAACAACAACUAUUGAGAGAUCCUCAAAUAUAUAACAGCAAAUCAAAGCCAGCAUUGUGCACCAGGAUAAAAGGAUAACGCGCCAAUACUACGACGACAUUCACUCACCGAAACCAUCAGUAUUUUUAACUUGUUCAACGUUUGCAAAGUCUAUAACGACGUUCUUGAGUUCAUUGUGAAGGACCAAAAAUAAACAAACAAACCAAAAAAAGCAAAAUAAAAAAAACAACAAAAUACACAAAAUUUAUAGCAACAGUCGCAACAACAACAAAAUAAUAUUCGUAACAACCACCACGACGACGACGACAACCGGUAUUUCCUCUAACGACGGCCUUACAACAAAAAAGGUAAUCACGACGACAACAAAAACAACGUAGCAAAGGAUUCUUCGUUGCAAUAUCGUCCUUACACCCCACCAAGAAGGUCGUUAUUAUUAAAGCGCGUGUGUGCGCGUGUAUGUGUGCCCCAUGUGUGUUAACUAACAGAGUAGCCAUCAUCACUGCCAAAAAAACGGGUGUCUCUUCGUUCGGUGUUCUCUUUUGAUUGGCUUGUGAAUUUGAUUUUGAUUGAUGAAUUUCGUGUAUAAAUACAAAAAAGUGCGUGCAAGAAUUUUUAUAUCUUAAUAUUUGACAAUAAUUAAGUCAUCUCUAAAAUUUAUUUUGAAAACAUUUUUUUUCGUGCUAAACCAAUUUUGGUAAACCUAAAAAAAAUUAGACAAAAACAUCAGAGACUGCCUGAAUCCAUUGGACAAUACUUAUCAUUAACUGGUUAUCAACAAUAAAGUAUGUUUUAUACGUAUUAAAACCCCCAAGUCCUUAUUGACCAAGAAAAUAUUCUUCAGCAAAGCUAAUGGAAUUUCAACAAAAUCGACUGAUUUUUGCCUAUUAAAUUUUAUACAAAAAGCCUACAAAAUUUUUUUUAUAUAAAGCAAAAAAUUAUAACAAAAAUUAGCUACAACAUUUUUGAUAAGACACUCUAAGAACCCCCCUCUUGAGGUUUCCCCAUAUUUGGAAACAAAUAUUUACCCAUUGAAGAAAACCAAGCAAAAACAAAAACUACGCCUUAUCACUAAAACUAUUUGGUCAUUCCACUCAGCAUCCCUCAUCCCAAUUCCCCCCAGUUUCGAACAAGACGGCAACAAAAAGGAAUGCAGCGUUGUCCCUACAUACAUGAGAUGCGAGAACGUUUAUUAAACGAGCAAAAUCGUGAAUCAUUACCACUUGAACAAAUGGAGCGUGCAAAUCUCUUGGAUAAUCGGCAAUCGGCUGAGCUACAACAGCUGCAUGGCGAUGGCUAUCACACAAGUCCGGCCCAUCAGCGUACCCCUUUGGUGCCACGGGAUUUAGGAGAAGAUUUCAAUUUGGAUUUCGACGAUGAUUUCCCCAUAGAAGUAAGAAGGCCUAAAAAUGCAAAGGUCGUUUAUUCACUAAAACCAAAUUCGAAUAGCCGCAGUUAUUUACCGGCAAACAUAACCGUACAUGGCACAUAUCACACCAAUAUCAUUACCGGACCAAUUGAAUUAUGGACAUCGCUGUUCAUUGUUACCAGCUUGGUUUAUGCCAUCAUAUUGAUUGUCGUUUGCAUCGCUUACGUUAUAAGCGAUGUGACAACACAUCGUCUACCAGUGCUGUACUACGAGAGCUUCUUUACGUAUUUGUAUGGUGUCAGCAUACUCUUCCUACUCUAUGUCUUCUGUUUUCUGUUACAGGAAAGUUCCUGUUGCAAUGGCGGCAACAAUCAACCGAAAUCUCCUAAGAAAGAAAAGAAAUCUAAAAAGAGCAAGGAAAAGGAUCCAGCCGAUUCGAAAGAUGCGAAAGGUACCAAGGAUUCCGGCAAGAGUAAAGCCAGUCCUUAUCAGGAACGUUAUCCUGUUAAGAAACGUGAUUUGGUCAGACAAACUUUAUUAUCACAACAGGACUCUCAAGCUGAUGCUGAAGUUGCAGUAACACCAAAAAAUUCACGCAAACGCAAAACGACCCACAGUGAUUUGACACAUGGCAGUUUCUUCUUACGUGUCGGGGCAAUUGCUUUUGGUUUGGGUGCCAUGAUUUAUAUUGGUUUGGAAUUUGGCUCAUUCUUCGAAAUACCCUUCGAUUCGCCAUGUCAUCACAUUUUGAUUGGCGUCAACCCCUUGUUGCAGAUGAUCUUUACCUUCAUGCAAAUGUAUUUCAUCUUUAUGAAUGCCAGAUUGAAUAUCCACCGUUUCAAGGUUAUUGCCCGUUUUGGCCUGAUGCAUGUGGUGGCCACCAAUAUCUGUGUCUGGAUACGUACUUUGGUUAAGGAAUCUCUCUUGGAAAUAACCCUCUAUCAUCAGCGACGUGAUCCCGAUCCAAAUGAGUCCUCAAUUGGCCAGUCGAUACGUCAACAUGCCUUACGCCAUGCCGGCACUGUAUUGCGCACCCAUUACGGACCCAAUGAGGAAUUUGAAGUAUUGGAUGGAGAAGACCUCCUGCCCAAGGAUGCCUAUACCACUAAUGGUGUUCUCUCAAAAAUGUUGGCCAAAACUGUUGAUGGCAUCUCGAAAACCUUGGGUAUGGGCUCCAAUGAGGUUGCAGAUCCACUCACAACAACCACAAGUACCACGACCACCACCACCACAAUGAGACCGGCAUUUACCACACCCAGCUAUCAAUGGCAAAGCACUACUGUGGCACGCAAGUUGAAGAAGUUUAUCACUAGUACCACGGCGGCGGCAACCAUGGGCACCUCGUCAUCAACACCCAGCUCGACGACAACAUCGACAUCAACAACAACAACUACUACUACCACCGCGUUGCCAGCCACCUCACCAUUGGCGACAACAACGACCACAGAAUUACCCUUUAAUAAUUUCCAGCAGAAUUUGUAUUCCUCCACCGGUUCUCCAUUGGCAGCUGCCGUAGAACAUUUGGCCUCCUCUCCCAGCACCACAGCCGCAACCACCGCUGGCUCAGCAUUUGAUAGCUCUAGUGUAGCCUCCAGUGUAGCAUCAUUUUUCUCAUCUCUCAUGUCAAGCACCCCAUCAUCACCCAUCACCUCAACCACCACAACCACUGACAUCCCCAUUUCCACCACUGCAUCAUCCCUGGCCGAUAAGACCACCGAAAGCUCAUUGGGAUUCAUUAACAAUCUCAUGAAGAAUAGUUAUCAAACCUUUUCCGGAAUUUCCCAUCCCGAAGCGGCAAGUAUUGUGACCUUUGAGAAUUUCGAAAACCUAGACAACAUCUACCCGGCCGCCCUGUCCUCCAAUGUGGGCACCUUGAAUUCCACCGCCUGCGGUCGUGUCGAUAUCAUGGGUACCAUUGUGUACGAUUCGGCCCCCUACCUGUAUCCCUUCAUCAUUGAAUACUCCCUGAUUGGUGCCGUAGUCCUCUAUGUCAUGUGGAAGCACAUUGGCCGCUAUCCCGGUCGCAUGAAUGACGACGAUUUGGAACAUCGCCUGGAAGUGAUGCUAUCACGUCGUGCCGUGGCCAUGGCUCAACAGGCCCGUUCCGGUCGUGUGGACUGUGUUGGCUCCUCGAAAGGUUUAUUCUUUGGUCUAUUGUUGUUGGUGGGUGCUUUGAUAUGUUUGAUACUCUUCUUCGUCUUGGUGCGUCAUCAGCAGUUCUCGUUGCUGGCCAUUUAUUUGGCCGAUGCCAGUCAUUGUAUACUCAUGGUAUUUGCCAUUUUGGCCAUAAUCAUUGGUUUUAUAAGAGUCAAGAAUCUGAAAUUCCGUUGCGAAGAACAAUCCAACCUGAACGACAUUCUUUUGCGUAUCUCGGCCUUCGGUCUCUUCACCUAUUCCGUAUUCUCCGUCAUCUCGGGCAGCCUCAAAGUUUUGGAACAUGAACCCAGCCUCUUGGUGACCACCACCAGUGCCGUCGCUGUCCUUCAAGUCAUUUUACAAUUGUUGUUCAUUGCCGAUGUUUCACGACGCCGCGUCCAUUUACCCGAACAUGAUCGCAGCAAACCCGGUCGCCAAAUUGUCACCUUCUUGUUGAUCUGCAAUGUGGCCAUGUUCGCCAUUUACACAUUUGAUGCUCAAAAAGUAUACGCCAAUCCCGUAAGUAGAUAUGUUCAAUUGGACUUCUAUGGUUAUGUGCCAUGGGCCAUCAUACAACGUGUUACACUGCCUCUAUGCAUUUUCCAUCGAUUCCAUAGUGCUGUAACACUAGCCGAAAUCUGGAAGACCACCUAUAAGGCGCGUUUGGAGUAAAUUUCUCAUUAGACGGAUGAAAUGACAACAACAACAACAUCACCGCCAACACCACAACAAAAUUAUAUGAAAAAUAUAAUAACAAAAAAACAACACAACAAGCAUUCAAUUAAAUUUAAGGCAAAAAAUUUUUUUGAAAAAAAAAACCAAUUCAAUUUUUGUCCCGCCCUCUUGGGGAUAGAAGUUCAAGAUACAAAGAAAAAAACAAAAACAACAAAUUAUCAUAUUAAAGAAAAUUUAAGAAAUGUUAGUGAAUCAUUAAAAUAAAAAAAGAAAAGCUAAACAAAAAUUAACAAAAAAAUAAACUCACCACAGAACAAAAAUGAAUUAAAUAUAUAUUAAACAUAUAUUUAGUUUAUAAAAAACAAUAACCAUACAACAGUAAAACAAAACAAAAAAAUAGUAAUUAUAAAUUGCCAUAUAUAAAAAAUGCACCAAAAUAGUAGAGAAUUAAAAAAACAACAGAAAAUUUAUUAAGCAUUUCUUAAACGAUAAGCAAGCAAGCCAUGACGACCAUGAGAUGAAGCCAAAUGGUUAAAUGAGAAUUUGAAGGCUCCUCUCCCCACAUCACAUCUUGAAUGCGGUAAAAACAAAACUCUCCAAAAGAAUCUCAAAACCAAAACAAGAAAGGCCAUUACACAGCGAAAUAUAUACAGAGAAAAAAAAGCAACAACAAAAACAUCCUUAAGGACCAUUUUAUGGAGUUUAUAGACAAAGCAAAAAAGAAAACAAAAACCAAAUAAAAAUACAUUUGAAUAUUAAAAAUAUAUAUUAGAAAAAGUAAAGAGAAGAGAAGAAAGAGGAGAAAAAAAAUCGACAAAGAAAAAAAAAAACAAAAAUCAAAUAUUAAAACAAAAAACCAAACAAAAUUGUGUAUUUAUUGAAAAAAAAAACAACAAAAAACAA